CCUCCUCCUCGGUGCACUCUGAGGAGGAGUCUGCUCCCUGUAUAAAGCCGGCUCCUCCCGCCUCCUCCUUCCUUCUUCCUCCUCCGGUGGCUCCUUCAAGCUCUGCAGCUUUCUCGUGCUCGUCAUGGGAUUCGGUGACCUGAAGUCGGCCUGUGGCCUGAAGGUUCUCAACGACUUCCUGUUGGACCGCAGCUACAUCGAGGGGUUUGUUCCGUCCCAGGCUGACGUGGCGGUUUUCGAGUUCCUGUCGGCCCCGCCCCCAGCUGACCUGUGCCAUGCGCUGAGGUGGUACAAUCACAUCAAGUCCUACCAGAACCAGAAGAACAGUCUUCCAGGUGUAAAGAAACCUCUGGGUCAGUAUGGACCCCCGGGUGUGGCCGACAGCACCUCAAGCUCUGCCCCCGCCGCCUCCAAAGAAGAUGAGGAUGACGACAUCGACCUCUUUGGCUCUGAUGAGGAGGAAGACGCAGAGGCCGCCAAGCUGAAGGAGCAACGUCUGGCAGACUACGCCGCCAAGAAGGCCAAAAAGCCCGUCCUCAUCGCCAAAUCUUCGCUCCUGUUGGACGUGAAGCCGUGGGAUGACGAGACGGACAUGGCCAAGCUGGAGGAGUGCGUGCGCAGCAUCGAGAUGGACGGGCUGCUGUGGGGACAGUCCAAACUGGUCCCAGUGGGUUACGGCAUCAAGAAACUUCAGAUCAGCUGCGUGGUUGAGGACGACAAGGUGGGUACAGACAUCCUGGAAGAGAAGAUCACUGCCUUUGAAGACUUCGUUCAGUCGAUGGAUGUCGCCGCCUUCAAUAAAAUCUAAUAAAGCACUAAAAACAAACUUGCA